CCAUUGGCCCUCCUCCAUAGGCAACCGAGAAUAAACACUCGUGCUGCGCUCUUUUUGCCGAAGAAGAAGGCUCGCGAAGUUGUUGCUCAUUCUCUUUCUGUCGAAAAAGAGUUGUUCCUAGAUACCAUGAGUUCUGCGCGCAACACCAACUCUUUUGACGACAAGAUGAACACCUCGGAGCGGUCCGACUCGGCCGAUCGCGAGAGACUUUAUGUCGAUGAAGAAGAUGUUCACUGGUCGGGGAAGAAGAGUGUGCGAUCGGGGCCUGGAAGUUGGCUGAACAUCAUUUUCGUCGUUGUCAUUGCCAUAGUGUCGUGUUUGGUCGGCAUCUUCGUCGGCCACAACCAAGGAGAUUCAGACAAGGCGUGCACGCGGCGCAUCACCCAGCACUCACCCGUGAUAUCCAAUGUUGGGCUCAACUAUCACAAGCAACAGUUUAACGGGUCGCUCCUUAAAGAAAAUAUCUUCCGACAAGAUGCCAGCCCCGAAGUGGAUGCAGCAUGGGAAUCUCUCGGUGCCAACUACCGAUCCAUUCGCGUGCCUGCCGAAGAAGCCGGGAAAUCAGGACUCGCUCCCGACCAGGUUAAGAUCAACGAGAAGUACGGAGGUGGAUAUCCUGCUAAUGUGGAGGGAUUCCACCAUCUGCACUGCCUGAAUCUCCUACGCCAAUCCCUUUACUACAACUACGACUACUACCAUGACCUUGGCAAGGGCGCCUUCACCAACAAUGACUACGUUGUCCGUCGCCACGUCACUCAUUGUCUCGAUAUUAUCCGCCAGCAGCUGAUGUGCACCGUGGACGUGGGAGUCCUGGGUCAAGUUUGGGUCCACCCCGACCACCCCGAGCCCUUCGUUGACUUUAACACUGAGCACAAGUGUCGCAACUUUGAGGAAAUCCGUGAAUGGGCGGAGCGAAACCAGCUUCCAGAGACUGUUCCUAAUGACUUCCUCCAACCCCCGAAGAUCGGGGAUAGAGUGUAUGAGGAGAUUCCAUGAUGGUUGCUGCUCCCUGUAUAUAGAAUGUACAUAUAAAUGUCUUGAUGUUAAUGAACUAAGGAAACGCG